UGAGAGGGGUCUAGUUGAGGAGUCAGAUUAAUGUCACCAAGACUCUUAAAAUGUUUGAAAGAUAGCUGAUAAAACUUUUAAUCUAUCCUCUUCAAUGAUGAUUCGUACGCUGCGUAAUGCCUCAGCAGGCGCUGUUUUACUUGUGAGAAGACCAAAGUCCUUAAAGUGCAUUACCGCCAGAUACCAGCACAGUGGAUGUUGCGAUGUGGCUGUGGUUGGAGGUGGUAUCGUGGGUCUGGCCUCAGCAAGGGAACUGAUACUUCGCCAUCCCAAUCUCACCUUCACGCUGCUGGAGAAGGAGAAAGAACUCUCCAUACACCAGAGUGGCCAUAACAGUGGGGUCAUCCACAGUGGGAUUUACUACACACCAGGCUCUCUGAAGGCUCGUCUGUGCGUGCGGGGUUCUACGCUCGCCUAUGAGUACUGUGAGAAGAAAGGCAUUCCUUACAAGAGAUGUGGAAAGCUCAUCGUUGCCGUGGAGAGAGAGGAGAUCCCUCGUCUGAAGGCCCUGUAUGAACGGGGUCAAAAGAAUAAUGUACGAGAGCUCAGCAUCAUCGAUGCCAAAGCCAUCAGAGAGAGAGAGCCCUACUGCAGGGGUCUGAUGGCGCUGGAUUCUCCCUAUACCGGGAUAGUGGACUGGCGCGUGGUGGCUCUCUCAUAUGGGAAAGACUUCCAGCAGGCUGGGGGCACCGUGCUGACAGGGUUUGAGGCCAGUGAUAUCACCAUGGCAACAGAAAGCCCAGCUGGGAGUUCUGAAGGUCUGAAGCACCCCAUUGUUAUCAGAGGCUCAAAGGGGGAAGAGGUUCGUUGUCGGUACGUGCUGACGUGUGGGGGUCUGUACUCUGACAGACUUUCUCAAAUCUCUGGCUGCAGUCCUGAGCCGCGUAUCGUACCUUUCAGAGGAGAUUACCUGGUUCUCAAACCUGAGAAACACUACCUCGUCAGGGGCAACAUCUACCCAGUGCCAGACCCACGGUUUCCUUUUCUUGGGGUUCACUUUACUCCCCGUAUGGAUGGCAGUGUGUGGCUUGGUCCCAAUGCUGUACUGGCCUUCAAACGAGAAGGAUACGAAGUGUAUGACUUUGACCUUCAGGACUUUGGAGAUGCAGUCUCCUUUAGAGGAUUACAGCGGCUUGUGAUGAAGAAUUUGACAUAUGGGGUAGGAGAGAUGUAUAGAGGUGUGUUCAUCAGUGCUCAGGUGAAGAUCCUACAGAAGUACAUACCAGAGCUGAGUGUCAGUGACGUGCUCAGGGGUCCGGCGGGAGUGAGGGCGCAGGCGCUGGACCGGGACGGGAAUCUGGUCGACGAUUUCGUGUUUGACGGAGGGGCGGGUGCCGUGGGAAGUCGCGUUCUGCACGUGCGGAAUGCCCCCUCGCCCGCCGCCACGUCCUCCCUGGCCAUCGCCGAGAUAAUUGCGGACGAGGUGCAGAACCGCUUCACCCUCUAGAGGCAUCCCUCUGACCGACGGGGUCUAAGCAGCACCACCACAGACUGACAGAGGACCGAGGAGAGCGACACCGAGGCUGACCGGUGGCCUCAGAUCUCUCGCAGAGUGUUUAACAAGGGUAGCUGUGGUUUGGCUUAACGUGACAGAGUCUAAAGGUUAACUCAGUUUGUCAGAUAAUGAUUGUCACAGUGAGGUUACACUACAGCCUGUGCUCACUUGAACUAAAACAGACCCUAAAUAAUCGCCUUCAUCAUGGAGUUACUGUAGAGAUUCUGCAUCAGUAUUUCUUUUGUUUUUGUUUUUUGGUUUUUGUUUUUUUUUUUAGCCCAGACUGUAUGAGUAGCCUAUGACUGAUAGGCAGCGUUGAUAAAAUUUGUCCACAAGUCCCAUACUUGUUCUGUUGCUGUUGGAAGUGAGCGCAACAAAUAUUAGUACAGCUUUCUGGUUUUGCUUCUUUUAUACUGUAGUGGUUGGACCUGCUGAAAAAAAGUACAUGAAAUUCACUGCCAUGAUGAGAGACUGUCUUACAAAGCAGCGAAUUUAGUUUGACAUGAUCACAUUAGCAACACGCUAAAUGCACUUUUUCCAUCCAGACCAUAUAUUGUAUGUGUAUUUUGGAGUUCACAGAUGACCUAAGUGAUUUACAGUAAUGAUUGUCAGAUGAAAAAGAAUCUAGAAUAAUCUAGAUCUUUAGUCUUAGUACUUUGUAUUCUAUAACCUUUGGUACUAUGGUGCUAUUAUAAUGUUUUGCAAUGUAUUUUAAUGACUUGUGGUUACUGAUUGAGUGUGUGUAACAAAGAAAGACUUUGUGAAGCGUUUUGGAUGAAUCUCUUUAUGUAACAAAGUCUAAGAGAGAAGAUGUAUACUGUUGUAAUGACAAAUCUGAGUUUCCUCAUUAGUUUUUUAUAGGAGAGACUGCUCCACCAAAAAAAAAAAAAAGGCGGACAGUGGAAAAUUUUGGUGAACAUUUUGGUGGAUUUGUCACUUAAGAAAAACAAACAUGGCCAUCUGAUUGUGAGUCAUAGGAAAUGUAGCACACUUUAAUUGGCUGCCGGGAUGCUUUUUGGCAUUUCUUCAGUCUGAACUGUGAUGUUCUAUGUUGGGAUACAUACAUAAAUGCUUUAAGUAUUUUCUCAACGUAUUUGCUAAUGUAUUUAAUUAUUGUAGCACUAUAACGCUAUGUAUGUUGUUGAGUUUGGUUAAAAAUAAAACAUGUUUGAUGGUUGUAUUAAUCCUGAAAA